UCUUCAAAUUAAAAUCGCCCGGAGAUGAAGGGAGGAGGUUUGUAAAGAUGGCGGAUCCGGAGGAGCCAGCCGAGUUGAUUCGAUUGGCGUCUGGAGAGAUUUCCAAGGAUUUUAAGGCUUUGGUUGCUUGCAGGGAUUUGGAUUCAAUCAGGCAAUUGCAAAACCUCACAUUGGGGAGACUUCAGGACAGCAAUGCAAUGUUAUCUCAAUUUAACGUGUUUUCGGAGAAUCGCUUUGUUGAGGUGUCCGAUGAAUUUUCGAAGAACACGCGCCUCUUGCGAUCCAUGAAAUCGGACCUUGAUUACGUCUAUCAGAAGCUCAGGGGCAUGAAGGCAAAGAUUAUGCAAAUCCAUCCAGAUGCUUUUCCUGAUGAUUCAACAAUCGAAGCACUUGAUCAAAGACCAAACCUGGAGUUGCCUAGGUGACGUUGGUCCUCUGUGUUCUAUAGUGAGGACUAAUUCGUUCUUCGUGAAGUUUCUGCAUUAUUAAUCUAUGAUGAUGCCGGCAUCGUUGGAUCGUCUACGUAAAUGGCCAUUGCUUGUCCGUUUUGUUGUUUAUCAUAUGGUCGAUUGGCAUUUGCAAUUCUUUCUAACUAGCUUAAGAUUGUACUGAUCAGUGCCUGUCUGUUAAUAAAUUUGAUGUUAUGAUA